CAGCUAGGACGCGCUCUGCUUUACGGCAGUGUUCGUUUUCAUUGCGUCCCCUUUAGACGCGCUUCGCUUUGCGGCGGUCUUACUGAUUUACGACUUCAGUAAAGUGAGGCUGUGCUGAGGGAAGGGCGUGCUUUACGGCUGCGAGGUACUGUGUGGCCAUGGAUGUUGGGGAGCUGUUGCGGUAUCAGCCAGAUAGAGGCACAAAACGAGGGCGUGAAGAUGAUCCUGAGGAGCCGAAAGUUUUGAGGAAGGAGAGGGGAAGCCGCAAGUGGCUUCGUGAGGAAGAUAGAGGGACAUCAGAGGACCAGAGGAAUGCUAUGGAUGCAGUUCCUGGAGGGGAAGAUGGAGAGGAGGAUGAGAUGGAGACCUUGGAUGAGAGUUCCAUAAAGAGAAUGAUCCUCACCUUUGAGAAGAGAUCCUACAAGAAUCAGGAACUACGCAUCAAGUUCCCUGACAACCCUGAGAAGUUCAUGGAGUCCGAGCUAGACCUAAAUGACAUUAUACAAGAGAUGCAUGUAAUCGCAACUAUACCCGAUUUGUACCAUCUACUGGUGGAGCUCAAUGCUGUGCAGUCACUGCUAGGCCUCCUAGGACAUGAAAAUUCUGAUGUCUGUAUUGCUGUGGUUGACCUUUUGCAGGAGCUCACAGAUAUAGACACUCUACAUGAAAGUGAGGAAGGAGCUCAGGUCCUUAUUGAUGCACUGGUGGAGGGUCAGGUGGUUGCUCUACUGGUGCAGAAUCUGGAUCGUCUGGAUGAGGCGGUGAAAGAAGAAGCUGAUGGCGUACACAACACACUUGCAAUUAUUGAGAACAUGACUGAGUUUCGAACCGAAAUAUGUGCUGAUGCAGCUCAACAAGGACUUCUCCAGUGGCUGCUCAAAAGGCUGAAGGCCAAGAUGCCAUUUGAUGCCAACAAGUUGUACUGCAGUGAAAUCCUGGCCAUUCUUUUACAGAAUAAUGAUGACACUCGGGAACUCCUUGGUGAACUAGACGGAAUAGACGUGCUGCUUCAGCAGUUAUCAGUAUUUAAACGCCACGACCCUAGCACAGCAGAAGAGCAGGAAAUGAUGGAGAAUCUGUUUGAUGCUCUCUGUUCUUGUCUGAUGCUCAGCAGCAAUAGAGAACGUUUCCUGAAGGGAGAGGGCUUGCAGCUCAUGAACCUCAUGCUUAGAGAAAAGAAGAUGUCGCGUUGCAGUGCUCUCAGAGUGCUAGAUCAUGCCAUGAUUGGCGCAGAGGGCACUGAUAACUGUCACAAAUUCGUGGACAUCCUAGGACUCAGAACUAUCUUCCCACUUUUCAUGAAAUCCCCCAAAAAGAUGAAGAAGUCUGGCAUACCCGAGAAGGAACACGAGGAACACGUCUGCUCAAUCAUAGCCUCCCUUUUACGCAAUCUGAAAUUACAGCAGAGGACGAGGCUCAUCAGCAAGUUCACAGAAAAUGACAGUGAGAAGGUGGACCGUCUGAUGGAGCUGUACUUCAAAUAUCUGGAUGCUGUGAGGGUUGCAGACAAGAAGAUAGAGGGGGAGAAACAUGACAUGGUGCGCCGCGGUGAAAUUUUGGAUGAUGAUCUGGAAGAGGAGUUUUACCUGCGCAGAUUAGAUGCUGGCCUCUUCUUGCUGCAGCUUCUGUGCUAUAUUAUAGCGGAGCUUUGCAACGCAAACAUGCCACAGGUACGUCAGAGAGUGAUGCAAAUUUUAAACAUGAGAGGAAGCUCUGUGAAAAUUCUUCGGCACAUUCUGAAAGAAUAUUCAGAGAGUAUCGGAGACGGAAAGAGUGCAGAGUUCCGGGAGAGUGAACAGAAGAGAAUCUUGGAACUGGUGGAGACUUUGUAGAACUAAAUUCCCCACUGAUUGAUAAUAUUGCACCAUUAAGAGCCCGGUGUAAUUGAUGUGCGGAGAAAUUGCACCGUAAGGACCUGAUGUGACUGAUAUUCCGAAACAUGCCUCAAGAUUGUGGCGAACUGAAUAUUCAUAGUAAUGCACCAUAUCUCUGGUGUCAAGGAUCUGCUUUGUAUAUAGUGAUUACUAUUGUGUGUGGAAUAUGCCGUCUGCCCUUUAUACGUGUUACAUCUACAGCACAAAAUAUCUAACUCUUGCCCUCCACGCAAUGUACUAAAAUCCCAGAAUCAUCUGUUAGGCAGCGGCGUAUUCACGGCUGAAUGACCAAGGUUAGACAUCCUCGUUCUACAGCUGCUGUUUCUAUGUUUCCUCACAAGAUGAGGGAUAUGUGCAAAAUAUCUCACCGGAAUAUCUUGUAUAGAUAUUUUUAUAUAAAGUACAAAAAUGAAAUCUAGAUCUGUGAUUUGUUUUUUUUCUGCUAAUCUCAGCAAAUAUUUCAGAGGCACGAUACUACAAGUUACUAAAACAUACACAAGGGAAUGAAUUUCAUUAGGUGCACUGUGGAAAGAGUAUAAUGCCUUCUUUGUUCCAUGUAAUAUUCAGUGGAAACUAAUAAAUGGUUUUAAUUA